UAAGCACAAUAAUUAAAGGGAGUGUACUCUAAUAAUUGAAAACACGUAAGCAAGUUUUACACAACUAUCAUGACUUUAUUCCUGUAAGAUAUAAGUUUUCUGACUAUGACAACCUUAUAUUGGCCUGCAGAAUAGUGAAGUAAUUUGGAGAUUUGAAAUGGAUUUGUUUACCAAGUUGGUUCUUGUAUACAGUGUGAGGUCAGUGUGCUUGCUCGUUUUCUUGUCAACAUUAUCAUGGAAAGCAAUUCUGUAUUUCUCAAUAUUCUUAGUUUCUCUUUAUUUUCUUCCACUGUUUCCACCAAAAUCUCCGAGUGACAAGAAAAGGCCGGCCAAAACCAGAGAUAUUAUGACUGAACUAUAUCCAGACGCAGAAGAUGCUGUACAAGCAAAAAUGGUGUCAGAUGCCAUCGUAAACCUUGUGUCAUAUGACGCUGAAGACACACCCAGUGUGCAAAGAUUUGAGACAAUAAAACAGAAUUCAAACUGUGUAUUUGCCAGGAAAGCUAAAUUGUGGGGUUCUCCACCAUGGAAUUAUGAGCUUAACUUAGAUGGAAAUAUUUAUAGGUUGUUACCUAUGCUUCUCAAGUUUACUAUCAAGUGUUCCAGUCAAAAACUAGAUGCCUUCCUGAUAGAGCUACCAGGGAAAAUAUAUGGCGAAAAUGUACAGGAUUUCGGAGAUGGUAUCUAUAAAGUGCUGAAAGUUAUAUCUGACAAUGAUCCAGCUAAGAUACACUGUAUGAACAAGUCAUAUAUUGACAAAAGAGGCUGGGUCUUUGAGUUCAAUAAAGUUACAUUUUUUAUAACAACAUUUGCUCCAUUUUACCCCGAAAAUCAUCCGAGAUACGCCUUCGGGGCAAAAGAUUGUUAUAUUCUUUUACAACCGGAGAUGUCUUUCGCAUUCCAUGAUCUUCCACCAGACACAACAGAAACAAACUGGGACCAACCACAGACUGUCAGGGACAAAAUACGUGUAGCAUUCAAGGAUGCUGGAAGGUCGUAUUACAUUCCAGAUUCUGUGUAUAGCCCAAUGGUGUUUGAAAUUCUUAGACCAAUAAGUGAACAAGAUUCAAGUUACGAGUGGUGGAAAAGUGGAAAGAAAUGCAAAUAGAAAUGUGGGAGAUUUAAUUAAAGCAUAAUUGUUUCAUUUCAUCCUGAAAGUUGUCAUGGAUACGUAAAACAUUUCAAGUAGUGUGCACUGAUUGAGACAGUUUACGACUAUAGGAAUAUGUUUUAAGGUCUUUCAGCUUGAUAAAGGAGUGUAAGUUGAACUAUGGUCAUAAUAAUAGCCAGUUAGAACAACACCUUACCUCAUGUAACAGCCAGUUUCAUAUUCAAACAUUUUUUAGCCCACCAUCAUCAGAUGGUGGGCUAUUCAAAUCACUCUGCGUCCGUGGUCCGUCGUCCUUCCGUCCGUCAGUCCUUCCGUCCGUUAACAAUUUCUCGUUAUCUCAUCUCCUCAGAAACUACCAGGGGGAUUUUGACCAAACUUUGUCAGAAUGAUGUAUUGGUACCCUAGUUGUGUCCCCCUGAAAAUCAGACUGGUUCAACAAUUUUUUAGUAAGUUAUGGUCCUUUGUUUAUUUCUAUAAUUUACAUAGAUUUAUAUAGGGAAAAACUUUGAAAAUCUUCUUGGCCAAAACCACAGAGCCUAGGGCUUUGAUAUUUGGUAUGAAGCAUCAUCUGGUGGUCCUCUACCAAGAUGAUUCAAAAUAUUUCCUUGGGGUCUAAUAUGGCCCCGCCCUGGGGGUCACAUGGUUUAUAUAGACUUAUAUAGGGAAAAACUUUGAAAAACCUCUUGUUCAAAACAACAGGGCCUAGGGCUUUAAUAUUUUGUAUAUGACAUCAUCUAGUGGUCUUCUACUAAGAUUGUUCAAAUUAUCCCCCUAGGGUCAAAUAUGGCUCCGCUCCGGGGGUCACAUGGUUUACAUAGACUUACAUAGGGAAAAACAUUGAAAAUUUUCUUGUCCAAACCACAAAGCCUAGGGCUUUGGCAUUUGUAAUGUAGCAUCAUCUAGUGGUUCUCUACCAAGUUUGUUCAAAUUAUCCCCCUAGAGUCAAAUAUGGCCCCGCCCUGGGGGGUCACAUGGUUCAUAUAGACAUAUAUAGGGAAAAGAUUUUAAAAUCUUCUUGUCAAUAACCUACAACAUUCAAAUUUGGACCACAUGUAUGGUUUUGAGUGGCAAGAUGAACCUUGACAUGAGUUGACCUUGAUUUUGACCUAGUGACCUACUUUCACAUUUCUGUAGCUACAGCCUUUAAAUUUGGACCACUUGCAGUUUUGUGCACUGAAAAAAACUUUGACCUUGACUUUGACCUAGUGACCUACUUUCACAUUUUUGAAGGUACAGGCUUCAAAUUUGGACCACAUGCAUAGUUUCGUAUCCCGAAUUGGAAUUUGACCUUGAUUUUGACCUACUGACCUACUUUCACAUUUCUCAAGCUACAGCCUUCAAAUUUGGACCACAUGCAUAGUUUUGUGUACCGAAACAAACUUUGACCUUUACAUUGACCUAGUGACCUACUUUCACAUUUUUGAAGGUACAGGCUUCAAAUUUGGAACACAUGCAUAGUUCUGUGUUCUGAAAUAAAAUUUGACCUUGAUUUUGACCUAGUGACCUACUUUCACAUUUCUCGAGCUACAGCCUUCAAAUUUGGACCACAUGCAUAGUUUUGUGUACCGAAAUGAACUUUGACCUUAAGAUUGACCUAGUGACCUACUUUCACAUUUCUGUAGCUACAGGCUUCAAAUUUAGACCACAUGCAUAGGAUUGUGUACCGAAACAAACUUUGACCUUGACAUUGACCUAGUGACCUACUUUCACAUUUUUGAAGGUACAGGCUUUAAAUUUGGACCACAUGCAUAAAUUUGUGUUCUGAAGUGUAAUUUGACCUUGAUUUUGACCUAGUGACCUACUUUCACAUUUCGUCCUUGAAAUUGAUCUAGUGACCUACUUUCACAUUUCUCAAGCUACAGCUUUCGAAUUUGGACCACAUGCAAAGUGUUGUGUACGGAAAUGAAAUUUGACCUUGAGCUAGUCAGUAAGUCUUGAAAUUUGGAACACUCAAAAAUGGCACAUUGGUGGGCGCCAAGAUCACUCUGUGAUCUCUUGUCAUAUAUGUUUUUAGAAACAAAUUGUAAUGAGAAAAACCUUUGUUUUAGGUUUAAAGCUGUUUCUCGGGGCAGUUAAGUUAACCAGUGUUCCCGGAUUAUGUACCAGUACAAACUGUUCUCCACAAGUAACUGUCAACUUCCCUACAUGAAUCAGAGGUGGAGGACAAAUGAUUUCAGACACAAUGUCUUAUCAAAUUGCCACAGAGAUCAUACACCUCAACAAAGGAUUGAACUUGCAACCCAACGAUCAGUAAAUCUGUGCACUCCCUAUUGAGCUAAGACAGCAGGCUAUGAGGAAAAACACGGAACAAAUAUAAACAGUUUGUUUGUGAUUUAUUUGCUAUUUAUAUGAAACAACAAUUUGAAGAAGAUCACUGUAUUAUGAUAUACUAAUAGGGAGUACACUAUCAGAUAUCAGACAAGGAUCUGUGGUUGUAUGUAGAGGUAUAUUACAUCCAGUCAUAACAAAAAUAAACGUAAAGAUAGAAUUCAUAUAACAAUUUAUCAUGUUAAUACAUUUAGUUCAAUUGUAAUAUAAACGUUUUUUUUUUUUUUUAAAUGCAUGAACUGUGGUAAAAUCAGAAAAUUUCGCAAGAGUUUUAUUUUUGUUAUAAUCGCUCACAGGUGCAGUCCAUUUUCAUGAAAAUAAAUACUCACAAAAGUUCUCUUGUAAUAAAAUACUACUGUAUGUUUAAUGCUUUGGCCAUUAUAAUGUGAAUUUUUUAUCAACCUAUGUCAAACAUAGCAAACUUUUAGCCUUGUGAAAAUACCUGAUUUUACAGAAAAUCAAAAAAAAAUAUGUUUUGUAGCAAAAUAGGAUCUGUAUCAAUACAAAACUGGCUUAGAACAUUUAACUUUUAUAAAAAUACCUAUAUACUGUCGAAUCAGUAUUAUUUUUAUGGGUUUCACUGUCCGGUUGAUCCAGAAAAUUAAACACCAACAAAUAUUUGAAAACACCAAUUUAAACCCCCUCUAAAUUACAAUUUUUGGUCAGAACAACAAACUUUUCUGCCCAUAAAAUUAAAUGACUUCACAGUAAGUCAUUUAAGUGAUGUAUAAUGCUUUGUUAACCCUUACCAUGCUAAAUUUCUAUAAUGGACUGGUCCAUCUUUCAAUUUGGGCAGUACCAUUUAUCAUUUGAAGGGGAGUUUACUGAAAAUUUACUGACUGAACAGCGAACAGUGUAGACCAUGAUCAGACUGCAAGGAUGUGCAGGCUGAUCUUGGUCUGCACUGGUCGCAAAGGCAGAAUCAUCUGCCGCCAGCAGGCUAAGGGUUAAGUUUUAGUCACUAAAAUUAUCAAAAGUUUGUAUCUGUUUGCUAUAUUUAGAAAGUUCAUAAACCUAUACAUGUUUGGAAAAGUCUCUUGAAAAAAAGUUUCCAACAGAUAAAACAAAACUGAACCUACAAAAAAAAAGACACAAGUUACUAAAAGGAUAAAAUAUUUCACCUAUUACCAUUUUUUGAACCAGGCUUACAGCUAGUGGUAAUCCCCAAUACCUGAAAGUUUUAUUGCAUUUUGUUAACUGUUACCUGCUUGGAGGAGCUUUUUGUGAAAUGUCUGCAUUACAAGGCAGAAAAAAAUAAUUUAAAACCUUAUAAUUCUUUCUAUUCUCUUAAAACCAAUGGAUUAAAUUUGAUAAUAUACAGA